GUUGGUAAUAAAAGGCAACAUGAAGUGGGAAUUUUGGAUGUAGUCAGCUUUCAAACAGAUCUACUUCUGGUAAUUUUGGUGAAAACUCAGAUGGAAACUGGUGCUAGUGUAGUAAAAGGCUAAUGCCGAAGCAAAGCAUGUCAAAUCUAAAACUUGGCAACUGCUAAUUCCCAAGCGAUUACACGACGCUGUAUUAGAGGCAUUACACUGCCAUGUAACAAUUCUAAAAUUAACGCAGGACAAUCAGCAUAACUCCAGCUACAUAAGAACAUUUUAUUCUGGUUACCAAAUUAAGUGAGAAGAACAAAAGCCAGCUCCCCCUAGAUGUCUAGCCUUUGGGAAUUUUUCCCCACAGGAUCCCCUUUUAACAUUAAAAAUUUAUCUGAAGGAAAUUUUGCAACACGUAACAGGAGGUCUGAAGCAACUAAAAUAAAAAUCAGGAGCUAGAACAAACAGCUAAGGCGACUUAUCACGUAUUUGUUCUGUCAAUUGCAUCAAGAAGAUUAUCUUGUUUAAUCGGCCUGGCUACGGCACGCCACAGCUCCUGACAAGUCAGUCUGGGCACGCUGCGAGGCUGGAGCCUGCGGAUGUUAACGCUUCCAACGUCACGGUCUGACCGGCUGCCUUCCAGCGCAGAGCAGCGCGGGGCAAGGCCACCAGCGCACCCCCGCGCGCUCCUCAGCUACCGAGCCCAACACGCACAAAAGCAUCCCGAAAAUAACGAGUCGGGGAGAGGCGGCUUCCUAAUCUACGCAGCAAAAGUCCGAUUUGUGAAUAAUUUCCUCCCGGGGUUGAGGGCUUGAUGCAAAUGAGCACAAAGGAAGUUGUCAGCAGCACCAUGCGCUGGCCAAUCGCAGGGAAGCUCCAUCUUAGCUGUGCCAUAGGCUGCGUUAAAACAGGGAACGGCACGGCGCUCUUUCAGCAUCCUUUCAGACAAGAGCCCCCAGAUCUGUGACAGGGAAUACGUUAAGGCAACUCUGCGAGAAUGGCAACCCUCAACGCCACUCACUGGAACGAGACCACAUCCAUUUACCAGUACCUGGGCUUCCAAGUGCAAAAAAUUUACCCCUUCCACGAUAACUGGAACACUGCCUGCUUUGUUAUUCUGAUCAUAUUCAUCUUUACUGUCGUCUCUCUGGUGGUGCUGGCAUUCCUCUACGAACUGCUAGACUGUUGCUGCUGCGUGAAAAACAAAACUAUGAAGGACUUGGAGAACGAACCCAACCCUGUUAGAGCGAUGAUGAACAGCUUCAGAAAGCGCGAAACAGAGGUGGUGUAGGAAGGACUGAUCAUCAGCACUUGAACAACGUUUAACACCUUGAACAAAUCCUCUUGUACCUUACCAACGAGCAAGUCCCGUGUGUUUUUUUCGUUUCUUUUGGACUUCAAUGUAAUAGCAGCAGUUCCCAUUUUAUCUCUGGAUGUGAACUUGAAUAAUUAGCAAAGGCUUUCUGAGUGCUUAGCAAAAGGAUGAUCUGUUGCAAUGUUAUGGUGGAAGAAAAAUUCUUUGUUUUUAAAUGCAUUUCUGUUGUUUAUACUGAGUUACUAGAGUAGAUCUUGUCUACCUGAACGAACAAACGCUGCUUAACACGCGUAAAACGGUGUUGCUUAACUGGAAAAAAUCAUUUAUAGAAAUGCUCAGCAACGUGAUCAUACAGAGCACAAUGGCACAGCACUGGCCUCCCACUGAGGUCAGCCAUACAGGGACAAGACAGACAUAUAAGGGAUGAGGGGAAGAAAGAUAGGAGACGUCAGGGUUUAAAGGCAGGAGAUCCCACGAGACAGGGGGGCUCGUGUGAGUUCUUGCCUUUGGCAGCUCUUACUACAGGUUCCUUGCUCUAAGAAAAUAGGGUGAUGGGGGGGGGAAAGCAAGCCAGCAUGAAAUUUAUCCCUAAAAUAGUCUUUGCUAACCUCCUGUGGUACAACUUGACCCCGUCUCCCUCCCUUCUCCAGUUCCAGAGAACUGCUCUCCCCUUCCUUCACAUUCAACCUGUUUACCAGCUUCUGGGUGUCACGACACUGCACUAUCUUAACUCCUAUUACUUCCACAAAAGCACACUGAAUUAGGACAACGGUCUGGAAGAAACAGGGUCACCUUUCCGUCCCAAGGCUGCUGCCUCUACGCCACCUGUGACGCUACAGGGAAUCAGACGUGCUGGACGUGUCAGUCCCACCUCAACUUUUCAAAGCUGAACUGCAGCUGACCGAGUUCUUGCCACAACGCAAGCAGACAGGCCGCAGAUCUCCCCUCACCAACGACAACAUUCCCUCCCAGCCAGCACACAGUUCGCAGGUGUCCACAUGCUUCACAGAGGAGGCCACGUCACGAUAAUCCCUGCACUAGAGAUGGUGGGAUGGAUGAGCAGCAAGACGUGGCUUUGUUUUGCACAAGAGACCCUCAGAGAAGUUCAUCAGCCUGCGGAUGCAUCCCAGAGUUCGACCCCUCACGCCUCUCUUUCUCACAAACCGACCACAGAAAACCUGGACCAUCGGCUUUUACCUCUAGCUCACCACAUCAUCCUUCCGUGUUGCGUAGCAUCUAUAGCUUUUAAAAGAGGAAAGUUUUGCCUUUACAAAUUACAGCUGUAAUGACGACGCCCAAAUGCGUGUAGCCCUCGGUGCGACCCGGUAAGUCCCUCACUGCUGGACACGCAGAAAAAAGCAAGCCAGUGAGAAAUGUCCCAACCAGACCAAAGCUAGGCACGGGACAAGACAUUUACCUACGUAAAACCCAAAUAAUGCUCCUGACAUUAGGGAAACAAAGCCCACCUAACGGCCAAAUGAACAAGCUACAACACCAAUCCCGCAGUUUUAUCCCUGCUAGAAAUACCUCCGUGCCAUGGCCAGUACCUGUAAUGAUAAACUUUUCUGAUAAAAGUGUUUUUUUGAUAAACUCCCUCUCUCAGGUUUCAUAUGCCUAAGCAACAGAAGAUGUGGACACAGACGCUGAAGGACUUGCUAAUUCGACUCACGUUCUUCCUGGCUGGCAGGAAGCAGUCAGACAGUACCCAGGCCACCAGUAAGCAGGAAGCUCCAGGGAUUCAUCUGGAAGAGCAAUCUCCCUUCUUCAGUCACAAAACGACACCACUAUCACCGCAAACAUUCAUCUCCCACACACUAACCAAGACCAAAUGGUGUCAGCCCCGUAUGCGAAGAACGCUUUUAGCUACGAUCAAACUACAAGCACAAUUAACAGAAGCUGACGUCCCAGCUACGAGACAAUCGAGGAGUCACCCCAAGACGCGUGACGAAGGUCCCAUUCGUGAUGUCCUCUGGACCAGGGAGCUGUGCAUUUGACAGACUGCUGUCCUGCUCACGAGAGGCAAGGGAAGCCGUUGGGACACGCUGCACUAACGCGCCUCUUCCCUGAAAGCACCCACUCCAAACACAACAGGACUGCUUUCCACCGGCAGCGCUCCCCUGACCACCGCCCUGCACGCGGGGAGGCAGCGUGCAGGAGCAGCACAAGCGCGUUGCACCGGCUUCGUGUCCUCGUGCCUUCCCGGGAAGCACACACGGGGAGAAGUCUCGGGACCCGCUCCAGCUAAGCGGUUUCACAGGAAGCUGGGUGUCUGCACAAGGAGCAGAAGACAAGGAUCUCCCCUUGCGCAGCCCUACAGCCUCAGGAGAAUGCUUCCCCUCACGUGAACUAAGCCAGAGAGGCAAGGCUGCGACACAGCUCCCGGAGAUUUCAGCUCUUGAUGGCCAGGACCACCGCCACAAAGGUCUCAAGAGAAAGACUUAGUGUUGAUCAAUAAAAAGAAAUAAACAGAUGUGAUCUAUUUCCUUUAUUUUCCUGUUACUAUUCUGAACUGAAUAAACAAGGCAGCUUUGAAUUUGUCAAGUAACUCGUUCACAUAAUAAUUUUAGACAACUAUGGUAACAACUAUUCUCACUGGAAAGCUCACGACAAAUCUGCAGACGCGUGCUAGAUUUACGCAUGUGGUCACUCAAGGAUUAGCAUGGUCUCAGUGCCCCUCCAUCCCAAAAAAGAGUCAAGGGCAG